UCCCGAGGCUGGGCAGUGUUGAGCUCGACAGCUGAUGAGCUCUGGAAAGUUCCAGCAGCCUGCCAGCGGCCGCCGAAGUUUAUUUAGCGCGCUGCUGGCCCGGCCGAGGCCUCCGGGAGCCGGCUCUUCGCGCCGGCCAGUCCGCUGAGCCAUGUACCGGCGCAGCUACGUCUUCCAGAGCCGUAAGGAGCAGUACGAACGCGCCGAGGAGGCGCUACCGCACAUCGGCCAGCCGGGCAGCCUGCUGGAGGGCUCAGCGACCGCGCCGAACCUAGCGGCGCUGCAGGGCCUCGGCGAGCGCGUGGCCGCCCACGUCCAGCGGGCCCGCGCGCUCGAGCAGCGCCACGCAGUCCUCCGGCGGCAGCUGGACGCCUUCCAGCGCCUGGGCGAGCUGGCCGGCCCCGAAGACGCCCUCGCCCGCCACGUUGAGGGCAACCGCCAGCGCGUCCGGGACCUAGCGACCGAGCGCACCCGGUUGGAGCGCCAAGGCGCAGAGGCGCAGCGGGCGCUCGACGAGUUUCGGAGCAAGUAUGAAAACGAAUGUGAAUGUCAGCUGCUGCUCAAAGAAAUGCUUGACCGGCUGAACAAGGAAGCUGAUGAAGCCUUACUGCAUAACCUGCACCUGCAGAUUGAAGCCCAGUUUCUGCAGGAUGACAUCAGUGCGGUGAAGGACAGGUACAAAAAGAAUCUUCUGGAAAUUCAGACCUAUGUCAGUAUCCUGCAGCAGAUUGUUCAGACCACCCCUCAAGCUGUUACAAGUGGGAUGAGGGAGGAGAAGCUCCUGCGGGAACGGGAAGCUGCCACCCUGCAGAGUCGGCUGGAGGAGGGCCGGGAGGCACUGUCUGGGCUGCAGGCGCAGAAAGCCGAGCUGCAGGCUCAGACGGUGACCCUGGAACAAGCGAUCAAAGAUGCUCACGAGUGUUACGAUGACGAGAUUCAGCUCUAUAAUGAGCAGAUCGAAACCCUGCGGAAGGAGGUUGAAGAGACCGAGAGGAGCCUGGAGAAGUCCUCCUAUGAUUGCCAGCAGCUGGUGGUCGCCCAGCAAACCCUGAAGAACGAGCUGGACCGGUAUCAUCGGAUCAUUGAGAGUGAAGGCAUCAGACUGAACUCCACCUUCACUGAAACCCCUAUUACUCUGUUCACCUCGGGCCAUGGAGCCUCUCUCAGCCCUCGACCUGGCAGGAAAGAUCUUGCCAGGGCUCUGCAGGAUAUAACCACAGCAAAGCCAAGACAAAAAGGCCUCCCCAAGAAUAUUACAAGAAAAAAGGAGAUUAUAGCAACAGACAAAGCAGAUGAAAGUCUGGAAGAUACACCACAGAAGGGUCCAGAAGACAUAAAACUGGUGCAGGUGAUACUUGAAGAAUCUAAACUUGAAUCAGGAGGUGAAGAAGCAAGCCCCCCAACCCCAGAAGAGGCCCCAGAGGAUGUACCUGAUGGAGGGCAGAUAAGCAAAGCCUUUGGGAAAUUGUGCAAGAAGGUCAAGGAGAAGAUGAGAAGCCCCAAAGAACCUGAGCCCCCGGCUGACCUCUACACCAAAGGACGGCACGUGCUGGUCUCCGGGGAUGCCAGUCAUGUGGACCCUGGGUUCUGUUCCUCCUCCAUCCCGGCCAAAGGAAUGGUGGUCGUGUCCAUUGAGGAUGACUCUCUGCAUCGUGACAGCCCCGUGGAGCCCUCUCCUGAGCAGCCUGAGCCCCCUCUGGAGAAUGGAGAGGGGGAUCCCCAGGGGAGGGAAGAUGGACACCCACCCGACCAGCAUAGUGCAGACAAGGAGAACAAGGAUUACGGGGAACUGGAAGGCCCUGGGGAGAAGCCUGAUGCCCCGGAGGAGGAUGAGGGGCCCUGGAGCCCCUGUCCCAUGGCCACACCUGGCCCAGAGGGGCCAUCUGCACCCCAGUCUAGAAGGCCAGUGGUCACUCACAGUGGAUCUGAGGGGCACUGUGCCGGGAGCAGCAGCUGGCUAGCAAGAAGCCCUCCCAAGACUUCGGCAUAUGAGACGGUGGAAGUGAUGGAAUCCAUUGAGAAGUUUUCAGCUGAGAGCAUUCAGAUGUAUGAAGAAACUGCUGUGAUGGUCGAGACCGUGAUGGGGAGGGCCAAGGCAAACAAGAGAGAAUUGGAAGAGGGCUCUCAAAGUGCCUAGGCUCCAUGGGAAAAAAUGUCUUUGGGGUCAUGUAGGGGAAGUGCUUUGAUAUUUUAGAACAAGUGAUGAAAGAGUGAGGGUCCCUGUUUGGAUUAGCCCAUAGCUGGCCCAUCUGGCAUUGCUGAUGAAGCCUUCAUUAAAAAGUUUUCCUUCCUUGCA